CCUUUCCACUCAUGAAUUUUUUUUUCUUCUUUCUUAAACCUUUUGUGCUUUUCCUUUUUUUGAUCUACGACCAGGAUAAAAAUUAAUCGUGUUACAUCACUUGUAUGAACUCAGUCAUUCAUCCUCCUUGCACAUUCUCUGAAGUUUUCUCAUCAUCAAAUCGAUUUCUCCCCCAAUUUUUUCAAUAAAAUCACUAUCGGGUGAGUGUGAGAAUGAACUUUAACAAUAAAAAGUCUCUCCAAGAUUCAAACCAAAUUCAUAAGAUUGUGGAGGAUGCAACCUCUGAGGUUCUUAAAGAACCUAAUUGGCCUAUGAAUCUCGCCAUCUGCCAAUGGGUCAACACUGAGAAGGUCAGCGCCAUGGAAUUGGUCUGUGAAAUAAAGAAACAAAUUAUGAUUCAAUGUCCUUCAAUUCAGUAUCUAUCUAUGGUUUUAUUAGAAACAUGUUUUAAGAACUAUGACACUACAUUAUCAAAGGUAACUGAAGAAGUGGUUCUUGAUUAUAUGGUGAGGAUUAUUUAUGAUCUUCAAACUGUUGAUACAAACUGCAACAAAGCUUUGAUCAUUAUUAAAGCAUGGAGAGAGUCAACUAUUGAAUUGCAUAGCUCCUCUGUGUUUGAGUUUGAAGAAACGUCAAUUUCCAAUUCUUUGAAAAACAUGAAUGAUAACAAUGAGGGCAAUGAGGUUCAAAAUAGUGAUGAAAAUGUGUCAAAUAUUUUUUCACACAAUGAUCAUAUUGCCAUUGAGCCUCAUAACACUUAUCCGUAUGUUGGAUUGGAAUUUGACUCUCUCGAGGAUGUUAAAAAUUUCUACAGAGAAUUCGCUAAGAAAGAAGGAUUUGGAAUUCGUACGCGUUCAAGUAAGCACAAUUCAUGCAUACUUGUGUGCUCUAAUGUUGGAAAACAUAUAAUCAAUAAUAUAUGUAAUGAAGAAAGUAUUGCAAUCAAAAGUAAACGUGAGAAAAGGUGUUCGACUUUGAUGAUUGGUUGUAAGACUACACUUGUUACUUCAAAGGCACACAAGAGUGCGAAAUAUCUUAGAUGUCAUAAGAAAAUAAGUGGCGCUGCAAAGAACCUUGUUAAAAAGUUUGAUCAAGAGGGGUUGCCAACAGGAAAAGUUGUUGCAUUAUUUAACAAUCAGGAUUCAACCUUCUCUAAUAGAGAUUGUUGGAAUUAUCUUACGGAUCUUCGAUCUCGAAAUUUAGAUGUUGGAGAUGCUCAAAGUGUAUUUAACUUUUGUAAGCAAAAAUAGGUUGGAAAUCCAAAUUUCUUUUGCAAAAUACAAUGUGACAACCAUGCACGAAUGAUUUUUUUUUUGGUUGACGCAAGAUCAAGGUUAUCCUAUAAAGUUUUUGGUGAUGUUGUUACAUUUGAUACAACAUAUAAGACAAACAAGUAUAGCAUGUCGUUUGCAUCUUUUACAGGGUUAAAUCCUCAUCACCAAUCUAUUUUAUUUGGUUGUGCUUUGUUGCAAGAUGAAACAGAGAAAUCAUUUACAUGGUUAUUUAAAAAUUGGCUAAAGGCAAUGGGAGGAAAAAGUCAAGUGUCAAUAAUUAUUGAUCAAGAUUUGGCAAUGAAAGUUGUUAUAUCCAAGGUAUUUCCACAUACUCGACAUCGUUUAUGUUUAUGGCAUAUUAGGAAAAUAUUUCCAGAGAAACUUUCACACAUAUACCAUAAAACUUUGAUUUUUAAGCUUGGUCUGAAAAGGUGUAUUCAUGAUUCAUCAUGUGUAAAAGAUUUUGAAGAAGAUUGGCAUCGUAUAAUGAUUGAGUAUGAUUUGGGAA